CACGUCGCUCGCGGCAAAUUUAACACUAGAACUACAACAAUGGCGGCGAGUGACUCCAAAACAAACAUCCCAGAAUACGAAUGCGUCGAUAUUAACACGAAACCUUUUCACAUCGACUCUUUCAGAAGCGAGUGGCUCAAGCGACUUCACCCGAGCCAAUAUUCUUACGAACAGCCAGACGAUGACGAGUUUGAUGCCCAGUUUGCCAAAGAGAUGGGCAUAGACGAAGGGACUAUGGCUGAGCUCAAGUCCAUCUGCAGCACCGACUCUCUUCUUUGCCAUCCCAGAGACGAGGAGCCGGACACCACCCUCGUGCCUGAAGGUGCAACUCUCGCCACUUUGAUACAUCGGAAAAAGAAACAAGAUUACAAACUUUCUCAGAAAUGUCCAAAGAACAGACACGAGCGUUAUGCAGAUGAACUGGACCGAGUAACAGUUGAGAUGAAACCAGAGAAGACAGAAAAUCUGGUCCCAGAAGGAGAUGUUCUUCUAACCAUAAAUGUUUACUACCCUGCUGUGUUUGAUAAAUUCAACUACUCCAGGCCUCAUAUGACUCUGCUGAUGACCGGCUCGCACACACUGGCAGAGCUCAGAGACGCCAUCUGCUGUGUCAGCGAUUUGCAAGUUGGGGAGUUUAGUAACAACCCUGACCUGGUUCCAGAAUUUGUUAGUAAAGAUCAGUACAAGUCGGCUUUCUUCUAUUUUGAAGGGGUCUUCUACAACGACAUGCGUUUUCCAGAGUGCCGGGAUCUCAGCAUUACAACUAUUGAAUGGGCAAAGACUCGAAAUUUUCCAGCAUUCACCCAGGGGAAGAUGGAGGACACGCGGUUUGUGGAUCUGAAAGUGAAAGUGGGGUUCCCGUACCUGUACUGUCACCAAGGAGACUGUGAGCACCUGGUCAUCAUCACAGACGUCAGGCUGAUGCACAAGAACGACUAUCUGGACAAAAAGACCUACCCUGUGCUCAUCCACAAGGAUCGCAUUGACACGCACAAGUGCUCAGUCUGUCACGUGUACAUCAGCAGGUGGCAUACUUCCAAUGACGAGUUUGCUCCUAGUGACCCGUGUCUCUUCUGUGACAAGUGUUUUCGAAAGCUGCACUACGACACACAAGGAAACAAGCUUGGAAACUUCCUGGCCUAUCCCUAUAUAGACAGAGGCGCCUUUAACUAAUGUCCCGUUUUACUGCUGUAUGUUACAGCGUGUUCCAACUUACAAAUGUUAUAUAGUUAAAUUAUUUUUUCAGUUUGAUAAUUUUGUUGAAUGUUAAGAAUAUUAAAGUUUAUUUUGAAAAUAAAAGCACAAAGGAGUGAACUGAAAAAAC